AUGGCUCCCAUCAAUGUAUUCGCGCCACUUCUUUUGGCCGGCAUCGCGACGGCUAGAGAGUGCACGACCUUUCUCAUCCCGGUCGACAUCUCCUCGCGACAAGGACAGUUCAAGAAAUUGCCCGUAGAGAGCAACUUGGACACAGGCGCUUUCGCGACCCGUUACGUAGAAUACCAGCACAACCUCACAGCGACAUUGCUCGAAGGGUACCAGACCUUGAAGGGUAGCUACAACAUUUCUGCCCAGUACUGCUGCUCAGAUAAGAGCAGCGGGAAGAUCCAGCUUCUAACCCACGGUAUUGGUUUCGACAAGACCUAUUGGGACUUGCCUUACCAAAACUACAACUACAGCUAUGUGAACACCGCUCUUGCAUCUGGCUACAGCACCCUUGCCAUUGAUCGCUUCGGCAUUGGCAACUCUUCCCAUGGUGACCCUUUCAACGAGAUCCAAGCCCAAGCCGAAGUUGAGGCUCUCAACGCAGUUACCACUAAGAUCCGCCAUGGAUCAAUCCCCGAAAUUGGUAAGGCUUACGAAAAGGUUAUCCAUGUUGGCCACUCCUUUGGAUCAGUCCAGUCAUACUGGCUGUCAGCUUUGUACCCAAACAACACCGAUGGAGUCAUUCUCACAGGAUUCUCCGUCGCUGGACAAUUUCUCCCAUACAUCGUCGCCGGGUGGAAUUUGCACAGCGCGCGCCAGAACCAGCCCCUCCGCCUCGGCAACUCAUCCAACGAGGGCGUUCGCAAGCUUGCAGCACAGUAUGGCAUGGACAACAACCUAGUCCCUGCACUCCAGAAAGUGCUCAAAUCUGCCGGCGUUGAUCUCUCUGAGCAAGAAGUCUGGGACGAAGUCGCAACCACCGAAGUCCUCGACCUGAUCACCGGCUUCAACAAGACCAGCUUCAAGUACAACUAUCCCUCCGGCUACUUGGUCUCCUCUGACCUUACAUCGCUCCAAUACGCAUUCCUGUACCCCGACAACUACGACAUCAACCUGGCGCUCAUGGGCGAGCAGACUAAGCAGCCUGUCACGACCGGUGAGCUCCUGACCAUCGGUAGCUCGCCAUCGUCAAGCCCCUUCACUGGCCCCGUACUUGUCAUUACCGGCGAGCACGACGUACCUUUCUGUGGUGGCAACUGCUACGGCAAGCUGCCCAACAGCACGGCGGCAAAUAUCCCGGCUGGUGUUGCUGCGGCGUAUCCCGGUUCCAAAGCUUUCGAAGCGUAUAUUCAGCCUGGUACCGGCCACGGUCUCAACUUCCAGUACAACGCGACUGCUGGAUACCAAGUCAUCCAGGACUUUUUGUCGCGACAUGGAUUGGGCGCUUAG